AUGAACAACAACGUUAAAGCGCAACCAGCAUUUAAACUCGGGGAAUUCUCUAUUGACGAUCCCCGACCUAUAAAGGUCGCCAUCAUUGGCGCGGGUCACAGUGGUAUUGUUGCUGGAAUCAGGUUUCGACAACGAGUUCCAAACAUGGACCUAACGAUCUACGAGUCACUCCCUGCAGUAGGUGGUACUUGGUAUGCCAACAGAUACCCGGGCCUCCAAUGUGAUAUUCCUUCGCAUGCAUACCAGCCUACAUUUGAGACUAAUACAGAAUGGUCUGCAUUCUAUGCUUCGGGGCGAGAAAUACAACAGUUUAUGGAGAACAUGGUUGACAAGUACCAGCUACGACCAUUCAUCAAAUUACAACAUCGACUCACGGCUGCUCAUUACGCUGAAAAGUCUGGGAAAUGGGAACUAACAAUCAAACAUCCCCGUAAAGCAUCAAACACAAAAAAGAGCCAUAACUAUGCGAGCCCGGUUGAUCAAGAGUGGGAAGAAUUUCAUGAUACGGUAGAUAUCCUAUUCAUUGCAGUAGGACCGUUGAGCCGCUGGACAUGGCCCGAUAUACCUGGACUCGAGAACUUUUCUGGAACAGUCGUUCAUAGCGCUGAUUGGAACAUUGCCGAUGAUGAAGCAUCUUUAGGCGACAAAAGAGUUGGAGUCAUUGGUGUUGGUUCUUCCGCCAUCCAAAUUGUAGCGGCUCUCCAACCUAAAGUGAAGCAUUUAGUCAAUUAUGUGCGAGGAAAGACCUGGAUAGCUGCUAUAUUCAAUAAACCUUCCCUGGAUAGGCUCUCUCAAGACAUCAACUGCCCCCCAGACAAAUUCACAGACAAAGACAAAGAAGCGUUUAAAGAUCCUAAAGUUUACAAUGAGUUCAGGAGGGAGAUUGAAACGGAUAUGAAUCAUGCUCAUCCGGCUACACUACUUGGAAGUCCGCUGGAGAAAAUGGCCAGGGAGGAGUUUACAGCCUCUAUGCGUCAGAAAUUAACAAAAAAGCCAUGGAUUGCAGAUCAUUUGAUCCCGGAUUUUGGUGUUUGUUGUCGUAGACUUACGCCUGGGCCUGGCUACUUGGAAGCUCUGUGCGAAGAUAAUGUGACAUUCGUCCCGAGUCUUAUAAAAAAUGCCACCCCAGAGGGAAUCGUCACUGUAGAUGGCAAAUUCGAAAAACUUGACAUCAUAGUUUGUGCAACAGGAUUCGAAACAUCUUUUCGUCUGGAUGUGGAUAUCAGAGGAAGAAACGGAAUCUCGCUGAAUGAUCAUCAUAAUCCACAUCCGCGCACAUAUCUUUCGGUUGCGGUCGAUGGCUUCCCGAAUAUGUUUCAAGCUUUAGGACCUAAUGCGUCUGUCGGCGCAGGUAACCUUUUACUUAUUAUGGAACGACAGGUGGAUUAUGCAGUGGCAGCAACGUUAAAAAUACAGAGGGAGCGCAUCAAAAGCAUUGAAGCUAAGUCAGAGGCCGUGGAUGACUUUGAUAAAUAUAUUGACGUAAGUUCAUGUACUGUGUUCGGGACCAAAUGCCGGUCAUGGUACAAAGCAGGAAAAACAGAAGGGCGUGUUGUCGCAUUAUGGCCAGGUUCCCCCAUACAUGCUGCUCGGGCGCUUGCUCAUCCGCGCUGGGAGGAUUUCAACUACGAAUAUCUUGAUCCCAGCCAAAAUCGACUCCAUUGGCUUGGCGACGGAAACACUGUGGCGGAUAGAGACCCUAACGGCGACAGUAUGAACACAUCCAUAUCCAAUAAGACACUACUUUUGAGCUGA